AUGGCAAUACGUUAUCACCAUAACAAUACUGCUCUCGAGACUCUUACAUUACAGCCUAUCUCGAGGCUCGCUCCGUUUUCCGCUCUCAUUAUUUCGAUAAUACACGUCAUCCUUUUUCUGGUACGGUAUUAUGUGUUAGAGGGGUUUCUCAUAAAACGUCUCUAUGGCUCUAUCUAUACGAACCUGAGUGAGGUGAACCGACGCGGGUUCAUUAACCACCACAUUGCCGGUCUGAUGAAGAUCCUAAUUUUAAUCGUCGCCGCAUACCCUUUCCUCGAGGUGGUCAUUGGGAAGGCAUCCUUCCACACACCCUACGCACCUGGCUCCCGUGUGACAAUGGGCGACAUGCUGGUCGUGGUCGCUCAGAUGCUCAUUGGGAUGUAUGCGUUCGAGUUGAUUUACCGCACUAAGCUGUCGCCUAUCGCUGUGCUACAUCACAUCGGGACCAUUGUCAUUGGCCAGUCCGCAAUCGCAAUCAGCUUAGAUUUGGCCCGAGAGCCAGAUGCCGAUAUCGAGUUUGUCCUGUGUACCGUAUGGGGUGCCUUCGACAUCAUAUCAGAGUUCUUCCCCCACUUGGCCAUCAUUCUUUACCGCGUCUUCCCCCACCGCCACCGUUUCCUUAAACGCCUCUUCCUCCUAUCGUGCAUCACCACAGCCUUCGGGACAACCUGCGAAACCAUUGUUAUCUCCUUCCUGUUCGGCUCUCUGUGGGAUCGAUGGCAGAUUGCCUUCAAGGUCGUCACCCCGCUACUUCAUGUUGCCUUUUCUGCAGCCCAGGUCCACGGUAGCGUGGUCUUCUGGAAGAUGUACAAGCGCCAACAACGGCUUGAGGAAGAGACGUCUGGAUUCGAUAUCGAGAACGGGGAUGUUCGUGAAAUGCAUGUUCACGCCGACAAGACGAAACUUGAUUCUUCUGGGUCUACGGUCGCUAUUGUAUAG